GUGCGUAGGGAGUCAGUCUCACGUGGGAUGGCCAUCGCAUGACGGUCGCGUUCCGCCACCCGCCGCCUCAACUCCGCCAAGCUGGUGGCAAAAAGGGUGCACCUUUCACUUCCCAAAGAGCUCCUCUAUCUGGUAAAGGCGGUGAACUGCAAAUGAAACCUCUCUGCUCUGUUCAUUCUCGACAAUUAAACCCACGAAAUCAACCGACCCUGUUCGAGCUUAACGUGGGAGAAGAUGGAAGGCGUGUGCAGCAACGGAGCAGAGGGGCGGAUCAUAUCGAUGGCCGAGGCGGCGUCGAAAUACCCAGGGUUCAAGUUCUCGCCGUCCGACGCCGAACUCAUAUCUUACUACUUGAUGAAGAAGCUCGAGGGCCUCGACAAGAGCGUCGAACAACUCAUUCCCGAGGUCGACAUCUCUGCCCAUGAGCCCUGGGACCUGCCCGCCAAAUCAAUCAUCCCCUCGGAGAGCGAGUGGUUCUUCUUCUCUGUUCGCGGCAGGAAGUAUCCUAAGGGGUCCCAAAGUAAGAGAGCGACCGAACAUGGAUACUGGAAAGCCACAGGGAAAGAGCGCAAUGUGAAGUCCAGCUCUGUCGUGAUCGGUACAAAGAGAACCCUUGUCUUCCACCUGGGCCGGGCGCCAAAAGGGAAAAGGAUGGAGUGGAUCAUGCAUGAGUACUCGACGAAUGCAAAGUCCCAGGAUUCUCUAGUUAUCUGCCGCCUGCGAAGAAGCAAUAAGUUCCAUAUGAACAGUGCCUCUGAUUUAGGUUCUGCCGACCUAGUGCAAACGUCUGAUGUUAACCGGACGGAUGUCUUUGAAGGAGACAAAUUGGCUGAAGGUUACGCGAGGAAGUGCUCCGGCAGUCACAUUUCACACUCAGUCAAGGAAAUUGAUUCUGGCUCCAAUUCCUCCCAUCAAAAGAAUUCACAUGGCAACGAAGACUUUUACGCAGAUAUACUGAAAGAUGACAUUGUCAAAUUAGACGAGUCUUCUGUUUCUGCAACUUGCAACAUUCUCCCCACUGUUCCAAUCAAUCUAGAGCCGGUGCCAAUGUGUCAAGAUUCGGAAAAGCUAGUGCAAGAUCUCAUGUACCCGAUCCCUCCUCUCCAGGGCACCGCGAAUCGCAGAAUCAGACUGAGGAGGGAAAAACUAGAGAGCUCCAGUACGAAAGUGCUGGAGAUGAAGGCCAGUGAUUACUCUGCAGAGAAGGCGGAACCCCAAGCAGGAAGCUCAGAGCCCUCGGAGAGAAGAACCAGUGUGAUCAUGGGUCGGUGGCUCGUGUACGGUGUCCUGAUCGGCCUGAGCUUAUUGUUUGGUUUUGUUUAUCUGCUUGGCGGUUUCCGUAGAGUCAGGAUGAUUGUACAUUCUUCCUGAACUUUGGUCGCUGGCUCUUGUAGAAACAGGCCUUAUUCUCUUUUGGUUUUUUCCUAGAGAGACACAGAGGUAGAAUCCAAGAAAGAAAGAUUAUACCAGGAUUCGCUGAUCCUAUGACAUUCGAGAAUGAUAUAAGCAGUUUUUCAGGAACAACCCUUUGCAUUAAAUUUGCCAAAGGUUCAUGUUAAAAGACCGUGACACAACACUGUUCUGCCGUAGCGCAAAAAUUCCACACCGUCGCAUUCAAUUCAAAAAAUUCUCUUUAAAAGAUGCCAACCCUGAUCCACUCUGAAACAGAGUGAUCUUUUUGUCCGGGAAAUCGACG